AUGCAACUGCGUGACAGCAGCUCCAGGAGUGCGACCGACGGUGCGGAUCAACACACCCGAUGCGGGAAAGGAGAGAAGAAGACAAUAGCGCCUGAGACGAAUAGCUCCGGGCAACCAGCCCCAGACCUAGAAGAGGUGUGUGGCUUUAGCGUGUCCAAUAAAAAGUUUUUUUUCAAAAACAUCCUCGCUUUGCAGCGCAAACCGGUAGUAUCCCGGGCACGCGCACGGUUCGACUACGUAGCGUCGCCUGAUGACCCUUCCGAGCUAUCCUUCAAACGAGGGGAGAUCUUUGACGUUCUAGACAGCUCAGCCAAAUGGUGGAUAGUGAAGAAAGCGGAUGCGUCUACCGGCAUCGUACCGUCCAACUUUGUGCGAUCAUGCGACCGAAAACUCGAUUCCCGAUGUCAAGCCAAGGCACUAUAUAAUUAUCAGGCGGCGCCUGGUCAGCCCGAAGAGGUAUCGUUAACUAAGGGGGAGAUACUCGACGUUCUCGACGAUUCUGGAAAGUGGUGGGAAGUGCGGAAGGCGUGCGGUUGGGAGGGGCUAGCGCCUUCCAAUUAUCUGCGAAGAUUGGUUACGCCGGGUGUUCUGGCGGAGGCGCUGUAG